CUGUUGUGGCUGUAAAACGAAUGCGCUUGGUGGAGGCCGACCUCGAAGUCACGUUGAAGGACUGUGCAAGAGAAUUAAUUGUGUGGUCUAGCUUAUCACACCCGAACAUUCUCCCGUUGCUCGGUAUAUACCGCUCACAGUAUCGAUCUGGAGGAGCAAUCUCGGCAUUUGUGUCUCCUUUCAUGGAAAACAGGGACUUGGCUAAGUUCCUCCAAAAUGAGGAAGGUCCUGACCGACACUCUUUGAUUCUGGACAUUAUCAGCGGUUUAGCAUAUCUUCAUUCUCAGAAACCUCCGGUGAUACAUGCAGACUUGAAGUCGGCAAACAUAUUCGUCUCUUCAACGAGACACGCCCUUAUAGGUGACUACGGGAUGUCUUAUAUCAUCCAUAGCGCGCAGAAGCGUGAAACCAGAACGGACCAACGAUCGAAUGGGAAAACCCUCAACUACUCGGCACCAGAGCUGAUGGAGGACGAUGUACCCAUGAGCCGCAGCCGGGACAUAUUUGCCUUCGGUUGCGUAAUAUUUGAGAUGUACUCGGGAAAGGCCCC